AGAUUUGAGAGCAUCUCAAAUACUUUUUAAAAUUAUAUUUUAUUGAUUAUGCUGUUAGAGUUGUUCCAAUUUUUAUCUUCUGCAAGCAGGUGAGCUUCACGAAUCAUUAAAUUAUGUCUUCGGCUUCAGUAAACAAUAAGCAAAGCCUCUCCCUGUAGGUAAGAAUACUUAACUUUUGCGUAAUUCCUAGCAUAGCAAACAGUUUAGUGGCCCAGGAUAAAGAACUCCUUCCUUGAGGGAGGCCUCUAGAUCCCUCUGGGAACUACAUUACCCAGAAGACAUGGCGCUGAGUCGAUCUAACGAAAAAGUAGGACACAGUAUUCCCCGAGAUUUCAGUUAUUGGGAGGGACUUCCGUUGUCUUUCUUCUGGCAGUAUUUUUUUUACCUCAAGAGCUUCAUCCGACAGGACUGUCAGACCUCAGGGGCCUUCCACACUCGCGAAAAGGAGUCGCCAUCCCUUCACACGAGUGUGGAAGGCUCUGCGACGCUCCACCCCUUAAGGUAACGGGCACCUGAGACAAAACGGACAGAGGUCCUCGGCACCCUAUCCGCCCAGCUCCGCCCACUGAGUUCGAUGGCUGCGGCAGCGCUGCUGCGCCCGGCUGAGGCCAGUGUGACCUUUGAGGACGUUGCUGUGCACUUCUCCUGGGAGGAAUGGAGGCUGCUUGAUGAGGCUCAGAGACACCUGUACCUCGAUGUGAUGCUGGAGAACUUUGCUCUUACAUCCUCUCUGGGUUGCUGCUCUGGACCAGAAGAUGUAGAAGCCCUCUUUGAACAGAGUAGUUCUGUGGGAGUGUCACAGGCCAGCACCUCCAGAGCAGCUCUCUCUUCCCUGAAGACUCACUUCUGUCAGAUUUGUGGUCCAGUCUUAAGAGACAUAUUCCAGUUGGCUGAGCACCAAGGAACACCACACAGCCAAAAAGUGUUCAGGUGUGGGGUGUGUAUGAAACAAUUUAAUUUUAGUGCAAACCUCCAAACGCACCAGAAACAGCACCUGGGAGAGAAACCCUUGAGAAGCAGUGUGGACAGGACCUUAUUUGUGAAGAGCUAUCAAUUCCAUAUGUCAGAGAAGCCCUUUACCUGUGGUGAAGUUGGGAAGGACUUCCUGUCCACCUCAGAACAUCUACAGCAGCAAACUACUCAGGCCAGGGAGGAGCCCGACAAAAUUACCCAGAGUGGGGCAACGUUACAAAAGAGAAAAACUCGUUCCACCCCGGGAGAAUAUAGAAAAGCCUUCAGCCACAUAAAUUCACAUGCUCCAAGACAGGAUGUUCACACUGGAAGACAGUGUUUUUUGUGCCAUGAAUGUGGGAAAGCAUUCAGGUAUCAGUUCUCAUUAGUUGUUCACCAGAGGGUUCACACUGGUGAAAGACAUCAUGUGUGUAGCAAAUAUGGCAAGUCUUCUAGGCAAAACUCAACCCUCAGUCAGCAUCAAAGAAUUCAUCGUGGGGCAAGGCAGUACACAUGCUGCAAAUGUGGGAAGUCCUUUAACCAAAAAUUUGUCCACCUAUAUUCCAGGAGGAGUCAUAAUGGAAAAACGUAUGACUUGUGCCAUGAAUGUGUACAAUCUUGUAGUCGUAGAUCCGUCCUUAUUAAACAGACUACUCACUCUGGAGAACAGCAUUAUGAGUGCAUGCAAUGUGGGAAAGUCUUUAGACGAAAAUUUUGCCUUAUUGUGCAUAUGAGAAUUCACUGUGGAGAAAAGCCUUAUCAGUGUAGUGAAUGUGGGAAAUGUUUUACCAAUAGUUCUGUCUUUCAUUAUCAUAAGAAAGUUCACACUGGAGCAAGGCCUUAUCAGUGCAGUGACUGUGGGAAAUCCUAUUUCCGAAGGCAUCACCUUCUUACACACCAGAGAGUUCACACUGGAGAAAGGCCUUAUCAGUGUAAUGAAUGUGGGAAAUGUUUUACCACUAGCUCUGGCUUUUAUUGUCAUAAGAAAGUUCACACUGGAGAAAGACCUUAUCAAUGCCAUGAAUGCGGGAAAUCUUUUGCAUUUGCUUUCAUUCUCAGUAAUCAUCAGAGAGUACAUACAGGAGAGAGACCUUAUCAGUGCAGUGAAUGUGGAAAAUCCUUUAUUCAAAGACAUCACCUUCUUUUGCACCAGAGAGUUCACACAGGAGAAAAGCCUUAUCAGUGUAGUGAAUGUGGGAAAUGUUUUACUACUAGCUCUGUGUUUCAUUAUCAUAAGAGAGUUCACACUGGAGAAAGGCCUUAUCAGUGCAGUGAGUGUGGAAGAUCUUUUGCAUUUGGUUCCAAUCUUAGGGCUCAUCAGAGAGUACACACAGGAGAAAGACCUUAUGAGUGCAGUGACUGUGGGAAAUCCUUUUUCCGAAGGCAUCACCUUCUUACACACCAGAGAGUUCACACAGGAGAAAGGCCUUAUCAGUGCAAUGAAUGUGGGAAAUCUUUUGUAUCUGGUUUUAGCCUCAGAAAUCAUGAGAGAGUUCACACAGGAGAAAAGCCUUAUGAGUGCAGUGUAUGUGGGGUAUCUUUUACAACUAAGAGGAAACUUCGUUAUCAUCAGGAAGUUCAUAGUGGAGAAGGGCCUCAUGAGUGCCGUGAAUGUGGAAAAUCCUUUACCUCUCGGUACGCCCUCCGUGAUCAUCAGAGAAAUCAUACAAGCAAAAGGCCUUAUGAAUGUACUAAGUGUGGAAAGUCCUUUACAUCAAAUUCUAACCUCAUUGCACACUGGAGAGUUCACACUGGAGAAAAGCCUUGUCAAUGUACCGAAUGUGGGAAAGCUUUUUCCUCUGGCUCUGGCCUCCGUUAUCAUCAAAGUGUCCACACUGGGUUAAGUCCUUAUGAGUGUAGUGAAUGUGGGAAAUCUUUUCCCAGGAGCUCAGCACUCAUUCGACAUCAAAGAACUCAUACAGGUGAAAGGCCUUAUGUGUGCAGUGAUUGUGGGAAAUCUUUCAUCCAGAGAAAUCACCUUCUUGUACACCAGCGAGUUCACACAAGAUAAAGGCCUUAUGAUUGCAACAGAAUGGUCAAAAUCCUUUAUGGAUACUUCCCAGUUCAGUUAACACUGGGCAGUUCCCACUGGAUUAAGGUAUGUGAGUACAAAAAUGUAGGAAAUCCUUUAGCUAUAAAUCUCAUUUUUCUUAACACCAUAGACUAUAUAUUUGAAAGUUGUUUUGUGGGUGUGGUAAUGGUAGGAAAUGUUUUAACUUUUUUUCUGGCGUUUGUUAUUAUCUGAGAAUUCGCACAAGAUGAGGCCCUCCUAUAGCAAAGAUCAAAAUCUUUACUCAUUCUUGACAGUCUUUUCACCACCAUAUAGUUCACCCAGGAGAAAGGCCUUAUAACUACUUGAAUGUAAGAAAUCCUUAAAGGGUUUACCUUGUUAUACCACAGAAUUUACACUGGAGAAAGAACUUACAUGUGCAAGGGAAGAUGCACUUUUGUUGUUCAGUAUGGUGACACUGGAAGAAACCACGAGAAGUCAUCCAUCUGAAUUCGUUCUCGUAUAUCCAGUUGUCCACAUGUGGGAGCAGGUUGACGAGUAGUUUCUUAUAUUUAUUUGCUACCUGUAUAUGUGAUAAUAUGUCUGCUCAUUUUUUGCCUUUUAUGAGCUGUCAUUUUGCUUUAACAUUAGGACAAUGAAGAAACAUAUGUAUUGGAAUGUUACUCAUUUUUUAAUAUAAGUGAAUUCUUUGCUUAAUAGAUUGUUUUCAAUAUUAGAAAAAUGUUAAUUUUCCUCUUUAAAAUAUUUUAUUUAUUUAUUUAUUUUUAGAGACUGGGGAAAGGAGGGAGAAAGAGAAACUUCAAUGUAGGAAAGAAACAUUGAUUGGUUACCUCUCACGCUCCUAACCUUGAACCAGGCCUGCAACCCAGGCAUGUGUCUUGACUGGGAUCAAACAUACAGCCUUUAGGUUUACAGGAUGACACCAAACCCACUGAGCCACCUCAAUCAGCACUAUUUUUUUAUUCAACUUUUCUGUAAUACAUGUGUUGUUCAGUAAUGUAUGGUUUAAUGUCCACAUACUUAUGAACUUUCUAGCUUUUAUCCUCCUACUGGUUUGUAGUUUCAAACCCUUGUGUUCAGAUAAAAUUCUUAAUUUAAUUUCAGUCUUCUUCAACUUAAGUGUUUUUUUUUUAAUUUAUAAGUAUUUUAACAAAACCUAGGAUUUCUCCUAGAGAAUGUUUGCUGACCACUUGAGAAUGUACAUUCUUCUAUAGAUCGACAAAAGUGACCUAUAUAUAUUUACCAGGUCCAUUUUCUAUAAAGUGUUCAAAUAAAAAAAAACCUCUUGUUGAAAUCAAAUAUCUUUUUAGUGGUUUUCUGUCUGGAUUUUCUACUCAGACUUGAAAGAUGAGUAUUGGACUGUACUAUUAUUAAUCCAUUGGCUUUGUUUUUUAAAAAAUUUUACUUAUUUUUUUUUAGAGAGGGGAAGGGAGGGAGAAAGGAGGGAAACAUUGAUGUGUAGUGAAACAUUGGUAACAUUGAUCAGUUGCCUCUUAUAUGUGCACCAACCGGGGACCGAACCCAUUAUCUAGACAUGUGUCCUGAUCGUGAAUUGAACUCAUGACUUUUCAGUUUGCAGGAUGAUCCCCAGCCUACUGAACUACAUCAGUCAGGGCUUGUUAGUUGUCAUUUUUUUUAAUCCUCACCAAAGGAAAUGUUCCUUGACCCUAGAGAAAGAUGAGGGACAGGGAGAGAGACAGAAAAACAUCGACUUGAAGGAGAAACAUUGAUUGUUUACAUCCUAUUUACACCCCAACUGGGGGUCAAAGCAACAACCUAGGUAUGUGCCCAGACCGGGAAUUGAAGUGUCAACCUUUUGUUGUACUGGAUGAUGCUCCCAUGAACUGAGCCAUCAGGCCAGGGCUGUCUUUUCUAUAGCCCAGUCUGUUAAUAUUUGCUAAAUAUAAUUAGCUGCUUCUAUGUUUGGUACAUAUACAUUAAAAUUGUGAUAUCUUCUUGAUGAAUCACUUUCUUAUUUUUUUAUUUAUUCAGCGAAAGAGAGUAACGUCAGUCUGUUAUUUCACCUAUUAUUCAUUUAUUGAUUGAUUCUUGUAUAUGCCCUGACUAAGGAUUCAACUCGCAACCUUGCUGUAUUGGACUAUGUUCUAAGCAACUGAGCCACUGGCCAGGACCUGAAUGAAUUUAUCUUUUUUUUUUGUCUUUUUAGAGAUUUCAGUUAGUUAUUUUUAGAGAGAGGAGAAGGGAGGGAGAAGGAGACAGAGAAAAACAGCAGUGGGUGAGAAAUACAUCAAUAGGUUGCCUCUCACAUGCCCCCCAACUGGGAACCUGGCCUGCAACCCAGACAUGUGCCCUGACUGGGAAUCGAACUGUCAACUUUUCAGUUUGCACACCAGCAAUCAUUCCACAGAACCACACCAGCCAGGCCAUUUUCAUCAUUUUUUAAAAAAUAAAAAUAAGAGGGGCAGGGAGGGCGUAAGAGGGAGAGAAACAUCAAUGCAUGAGAGACACAUUGAUCAGUUGCCUUUUGUACACCCCCACUCAGGGAACUGGCUUCUGACAAUCACCACAAUAACAGGCAAAAAGCAUCCACUCUUUCAGUCUCAGUCUUCUUGUGUAAGAUGUGGGUAAAGAUUUGCCCUUCUCUGGGCUUUAUUGUCCAUUUUGGGAGCAGUGGCUAUACCACUAGCCAUCAUAUGUGGCUACCAUACCCACCGAAAAGUACUUUCACCAUUAACCUCCCAUCUCAGUGACAGAGCUUCCAUCCUUCCAGCAGCUAACACUAUAAAUCCUGGAGUCAUCCCUGACCCCUACCUUUCUCUCCCUCACUAUUACAAUCAGAAAAUUUGUGUUGCCUAGGCUACUAUGGCUCAGUAAGUUGAGUGCUGGCCUGCAAACCCAAAGGUCACCAGUUCCAGUGCCAGUCAGGGCACAUGCCUGGGUUGCAGGAACCUCCAAAAUGGAGGUUCCCACUAGGGGGCAUCUGAGAAGCAGCCCAUCGACAUUACUUUCCCUCUGUCUCCAUUCUCCUGACUAAAAAAUAAAAAUAAAAACUUUUUUUCUUUAAUUUCUUUAUUGAUUUUAGAGAGUGAGAGGAAGGAGGAGAGAGAGAGAAACAUCAAUUUGUUGUUCCAUUUAUUGGUGUAUUCAUUGGUUGACUUCUGUAUGUGCCUGACGGGAUCAAACCUGCAACCUUGGCGUAUGGGGACAAAGUUGUAACCAACUUAGCUACUCAGCCAGGGUAAAAAAAAUAAAAUCUUUAAGAAAAAAUUUGCAUUACUCUACUUUACAAACUGAUUUAAAAUCCAUUUAUUUUUCCUGUUUCCACCACAAUGAGCCAUACCAUCAACAUGUACCUCAGUGUCUUAUGGAUGGAACAGUUGUGGGAAAAACUCAGUUCUUGCUGACACAGUAAGGAAUUAGCAAGUCAGUUAGUAUGCAGUCAGGGUUUAUUAGUAUGUUCUCUGGAAUUGAACCAGCCUUGCCAAGGUGGAGGGGAAGGGCAUAGGCAAAAAGCAAGGCAGGGCAAGGGUGGCAAGGCAUCAGGUCCUUUGUCCUGAGGACUUACAUAGUUAUCGGGAUGAGGUGAGGGAGUUACGCAUUGAUUGGUAGAUAAAUGAUGCCAGCUUCCCCCUGGGGGUGGGGGUCAUCACCAUCUAAAUGUAGGUAUGUGCAGGGGGUCGGGGGGGUCCUCUUAGCCCAACUCUUAUCUUGCUCCAGACCACAUUUGUUCAUGUUGUUGUAAAACAGAUAUGUGACAGACAGUUAAAGUUGAAGCAGUUAUACAAAGUUGUUUAUGGUCUCUUUCUGUACGCACUAGGGACCUCCCUGUAAAACAUAGUGACCAGAGGCAGGCAAUU